AUGCUAUCAUCUGUCUCAGGCGUGGUAGGCACUGCAUUGCAAGCUAACUACGCCGCCGGCGCCUCCUACGAAGACGCUGUGGCGCGCUGGCGCCAAUCCCAAGGCCUGCCCAGCGUGGCCAUCGACCUCGGCCCCAUCUCCGACAUAGGCUACGUCUCAACCUCGGCCAAAGUCGCUGAGCGCCUGCGCAAGGACAGCGACUUCGCCAUGCUUGAUGGGGACAUCGUGCUCCGUGCGCUCAACACCGCCAUCCUACACCCGCUCAGCGCCCGUUCCCAGAUCAUUGUCGGCCUCAACUCCGCCCCGGGCCCACAGUGGGAUGCCAACGGCCGCUCGCAGCUGGGCCGCGACGCGCGCUUUGCACCUCUGCGACCGCGCAGCAAAGCCUCCGCGCGACUAGCUGAUGGUGAGAGCACCGGCGGUUCGCUCACCGCGCAGCUCGCGGAGGCGAGUGACCGCCAGGACGGAGCAGGGCUUAUCAGCGCUGCUAUUGCAGCUAAGCUGGCCGAUAUCUUCAUGACACUAGUUGCGGAGAUUGAUCUCAGCAAGCCCCCGGCGCACUAUGGGGUCGACUCACUGAUUGCGAUGGAGCUGCGGAAUAUGCUCGUCUUGCAGGCCGCGGCGGAUAUUUCCAUCUUCAAUUUUGCAGACGGCAAGCCUUGCUGCGCUGGCGGGUUUGGUGGCGGAGAAGAGCCGGCAUUUGCAGGGUGCUUAGAGAGGGGAGUGCUGGUAGCGGUUGGGUAUGGGGCUGGACUUCCUUUCAUGCUGGGUUGA